AUUCAGUCUGUGUAGCCUGCACGCAGAGGGAGAACGUCCGCAGCACAGCAAAGCCAAGACAGUCUGAGAGAGAGAGAGAGAGAGAGAGAGAGAGAGAGAGAGAGAGAGAGAGAGAGAGAGAGAGAGAGGCUGGGGGGAAACAGCUGCAAGCGGAUACUCAACAUCAACAAGCUGUAUGAGGCAUCUGUGAGGAAGAAGACGGGAUUGAGCGAGGACAGCGACGGGGUUCCUCGCGCUUCCUCCUCAUCUGCUUUUACUGAUUUCAAGAUCCGACGCGCGGAGCUUGCAAGAACACCACAAGUGGUGAAGCGAUGGUUUAGCGGAGCAAUUCGGUAGGUUUUUUUUUUUCUUCUUCUACAGCACGCCCGCCCAACGACACCGUAAUUCCGAGCAGCAAUCUCCCCCCCGUCCCCCCGUCCCCUCCCCCUGAACAUCUGCGGACGCUUUCUUUUUUUCUGGAGGGAGGAUGGCUGUCUUCCGGCUGUCGCUGCUGCUGCAUGUGGGAUUUGUGAUCGGAUCGAACCACGAAUACGCGGAAUGGUCAGCGCGUGGGGGAGAAGACGCCGGAGCGCGCGAGGCGAUUUACGGCGUUCAGACGCACCGUCGGCAGCUGGCGCAGCUCCGCGCGCCUCAGCAUCCUCCUCCCGGGGAGACCGCGAAGAAAGCGGAGGAGCACCUCCCCCGGGUGGUCACGGCUUUCCUCCACACGGGGGACUCGACCACCUUGAAGAGCGCCAACUGCUCGCGGAGGUACGAGCUCACCUCUCUGCGCGGAAAGUCACGAGGCACCCCGCAUCACUCCAUGGGCAGCGUGCUGGACACGGUGCUGCACGCCACGAACUUCCUCAACAUGAUCCUGCAAGCCAACAGGUCCAGGGAGCAGAGUCUGCGGCGAGACAUUGAGUGGUACCAUGCCUUAGUCAGGAGCGUGCUGGAGGGAGACGCCAAGAUCCACCGGGCGGUCGUCACUUUUGGUGGGGACUCGUCCGCGGAGGGGCCCUCGGUGCUCCUCCAAGCCACCAGGGCCGGUGGGGAGAUAGUCCUCCAAGACCUCUCCGGCGUGGCGCACCGCCAUCUGCACAACCGCACGGUAGACACGGAGUGGUACCACGGUGUCAAAGACAGGAAGAAGCCCAGCUUCCAUAAGAGGGUGCUGAGCCAAGAUUUCAGGUCACUUGACAAUUCUUUAAAAAGAGGGGAGAGUUUCAUCCCGGACAAGACGCACGUCAAAUGGUCUGCGCCCUACCUGGAGUGUGAAAAUGGGAAUUUUGUCCCCCGUUGGCUUCUGACCUUAUCGGCUGCCUUCUAUGGCCUGAAGCCCAACCUAUCUCCUGAAUUCAGGGGCGUGGUGCGAGUGGACAUUAAUCUGCAGGAUGUUGAUAUCGACCAGUGCUCUACUGACGGAUGGUUUGCUGGAACCCAUCGAUGCAACUUGACCACUAUGGAGUGUUCGCCGAUCCACGGCCACGGGUUCAUCUUGGACAAGUACACGUGCCGCUGCAAGACGGGCUUCUACCACCCCAACAGAGUGGCUGUCAACGGCUUCACCAGGAGGGGGAGGGGGAGAAAGGGCAAAGCUGCAGACAGCGGUCCCAAUGCGGACGAGGGGUCUUCCAGCGACUGCCUGCCGUGUCAGCAGGGCUGCGCCUACUGCAAGGACGAAACCCCCUGUGUGGCGCGAGAGGACGGAGCUCUGCGCUUGGCCGUGGUCUCCUUCCAGUGCCUCUGCAUGCUGAUCGUCUUCGUUAGCAUGGUGCUUGUCUACUACUUUCGCAGGAACAAGAGUAUCCGAGCAUCAGGUUUAGUCCUGCUGGAGGCCAUCCUGUGUGGAGCUCUGCUUCUCUACUUUCCGGUUGGGAUUCUCUAUUUCCAGCCCAGUGUUUUCCGCUGCAUCCUGCUGCGAUGGGUUCGACUGCUGGGCUUCGCUACCGUCUACGGGACACUGACUCUUAAGUUGUACAGGGUGCUGAAGGUGUUCCUGUCCCGUACCGCCCAGAGGAUCCCCUACAUGACCAGCUGGCGAGUGCUGCGUCUGCUGGGCAUCAUCCUGCUCAUCGUCUGCUGGUUCCUGGUGGCCUGGACAUCUGCCGUCUGUCAGAACCCGGACAGGAAGUUGGCGCUCAUCGACGUGGGCUACACGCCCGACGGGCUGCAGUUCAGCAUGUGCCUGCUGGAUCGCUGGGACUACAUGAUGGCUGUCGCUGAGUUCCUCUUCCUGCUGUGGGCGGUGUACCUGUGCUACGCGGUGAGGACGGUGCCGUCGGCGUUCCACGAGCCGCGCUACAUGGCCAUCGCUGUUCACAACGAACUGGUCCUGACGGCGAUAUUCUACGUCAUCAGGUUCACUCUCGCUCCAGAGCUCCAUCCAGACUGGAUGCUGCUGCUGUUCUUCACCCACACCCACUUAACUGUCACAGUAACACUGGGUCUACUACUCAUCCCGAAGUUCCUGUUUGCUGGCGCCCACAUGAGAGACGACAUAGUCUCCGAGGCCUACGAGGACGAGCUGGACAUGGGUCGCUCCGGGUCGUAUCUCAACAGCAGCAUCACGUCGGCGUGGAGCGAACACAGUCUGGAUCCCGAGGACAUUCGGACACCAGAGGAAACGGGCCAUCUCAGUUCUAUUAAUGGCUGUGGCGUAAGGUCUUGCAACAGUCUUUGGGAAAAACGUACCAACGAGGAGCUGAAGAAACUCUACUCCCAGCUGGAGAUUUACAAGAGGAAGAAAAUGCUGGCAAACAACCCUCACCUCCAGAAGAAGCGGAGCUCCAAGAAAGGGUUGGGUCGCUCUCUGAUGAGGCGCAUAACUGAGAUUCCCGAGUCGGUGCACCGGCAGUGCAGCCGCGAAGACAAGGAGGCCGGCGAACACGGGAGCAACCGCAACAGCAUCUGCAUGUUGAAGAAGAACCCCUUCGAUCCGACUCACCAGUCAAAGCCGGCGAAGGAGGAGACGCUCAAGAACAAGGUCUUCUCCCUCAAGAAGUCCCACAGCAGCUAUGACCAUGUCCGGGACCAGAGUGAAGACUCCAACAGCUCAGCAACGGACAAGAUGGAGGUGACCCCAGCUGAGGGCUCCCUCCUCGAUACGCUUAUGGCCAAGCAGCUGGUCAAGAAGCAGUCCAGUGAGAUUAUGAGUGUCCCCAGUGAGUCCACGGAAUCAGUUCCUUUGGUCUGCAAGUCAGCCAGCGCCCAUAACCUCAGCGCAGACAAGAAAGCAGUUCACCCUCGAGCCUCCAUGCUGCAGAAGUCCCUUAGUGUCAUUGCCAGUGCCAAAGAGAAGACUUUGGGCUUGACAGGAAAGACCCAGAGCACGGAGGACAGCAAUAAGAAGAGUCAGCCAAAGAGCAAAGACACGAGGGUCAACGCGGAGCCGGAAAACGAGUGCCAGCCCAAGAUGAUUAUCAGCCAGUCGGUUGAGUACAAACAGACCACGGCAAUGGGCCGUCUCAUGAAACAGCCGGUGAGCAGCAGCCAGCCUUCAAUCUGCUCCGAUCCCGUUAAGGGAAAAGACCUCUACGAUCUCUCUGAGGUGUGUCCCUGGGAAGUGGAGGAUCUCCCGACUCCGUCCGAAAACAAGGUCCAAAAGCAUGUUUCCAUCGCGCCGAAGGAAAGCACGACGGUUCACGGUGGUAGCAGCGCCAAGGGAGGCAAAUCUCAGAAGCAGAAAGCUUCCGAUCAAUCUCCGUCGAGUGGCAGGCUUUCAAAGGAAAGUCAGAGGACGACCGCCGUCCGGGUGGAUGUAUGUCCGUGGGAAGAUGGAGGGGAAAGUCAGGGCAGCCAGGAGGAAGGCUCCAAGCAAAACACAUACAGUCAGGCUAGCAAACCCGCUAAGACCCAGCAACCUCAUUCUACAACAGAAAGCUCCAAAACACAUCGAGUAGAGGUCUGUCCGUGGGACUUAGAAGAGCCCCAAAAGACAACAGAGUUGGCCCGUUCACCGGAUGUGACGACACAAAGAAAAGGCCCCUCUCCUGUGGAUGGGAAAGGGAGAAGUAUCCUUUCAGAUCCGUCCAAAACAGGAGGCUCACUCCAGCCGCCGUCUUCAAAAGCUGACGUGUGCCCCUGGGACCACGACAGCGCCGCCCUAUCUCCGAGUUCAGAGAGGACACCGAGUCCCUCUCGGACGUCCCAAACCAAGGAAUCCCCGUCAAAAAAGAAGGAUACCUCUUCCCCGAGAACAGUUGAGAAAGAGAAAUCAAAAGAUGCUGAUGAUGAGAAAAGUAGAACAAAAGCUAAAGACAAGAGUAAAUCUUCAGAGAAACACGCGAGCCAACAGAAAAUGGCUGAGGUGUGCCCGUGGGAUGUGGAGAGUCAAUCGGAAGUGCCGGUGGUGGAAAAAAGGAAAAGCGCAAUCGUCGGAGCAGCCAAAGCAAAGCCGGUUGACGUCUGUCCGUGGGAUUUUGAGGAUACGUCAGAUAAAAAAGGUACAGACAAAAGUGGUUCUGUGGUGGAACAGAGCAAUCUGAAUCCUAAAGGCGGAGCUGCAAGCGCCGUAAAAAAGGCCGACGUUUGUCCCUGGGACUUUGAGGAUAGCGCAUCGAGCAAGAAGGCAUGACACUCGAACCUUAAUGAACCACUGAAGUUAUAGUUAUUGAUGUAUACUUUUUUUUCCACUUUGAAAUCGUUAAAUAUUACCUUUUACUAAUAGUGCGGUGACUUGGAAGAAAAGUUGAUCAAGUUCCACAAGUUGCCUUCCUUUCCGAGGUUUUGUUCCUGUUUUACCUAUUUUGAAAAUAAGUAAAAUGUACACAAAAAAAAAAAAGUCAUGACGAGCAUUCCAGAUUAUUACAGGAAAAUCCUGAAGAUAAAUCUUUAGACUAAUUAUGCAACUUUUGAUUCAGCCUUUUCACUUCAUGAGCAAUGUCAAAAAUCUGCAUUUGUCAUGUUCUGUAUUCAGUCAACAAUUCAUACGCGUUUCUUGUUUUUGUGCAUUAACCAUCACUUAUUGGACUUAAGAUAUGACACCACGAUUGGAUUCAGAGGGAAAAAGAAGUAGGAAAUUAAAGUUGUACAAAACAGCAAAAGUGAAAGCUAAAGAUUAAGGGAACAUCUGAAGAAGAGGGAUGUUGAUCUUAAGGCGGUAACAUUAAUUUAUUAGUUUGUGUCUAACUCUUGGCACGAAGGGAAGGACUCAGUGAGGAAAUCAGUCUAUAGCACUUUAGCCAACACCAUAAAUUAAGACCAGGCUCUCUUCUUCUUGAGCAUUUCGUCCUCUUAUUUCCAACUUCAUGGAUGACACCACACAGGACAUCACACACUGACCAAAUGUUCUUUUUGUUUAGACCUAUUUAAUUGUAGUUCUCUGCAGAUUUAAAAAUGCUUCCGAGUCUGCAGAGAUGUACUGUAUGUGCCUAACUAACUAGCAUUGUCUUGUAUCAGUCUGAAGGGAAGCGCGUGGCUUCUCCUUCGGCCCUUUGUGAUGGUGAAUUAUAUAAACAGCAUGCACAGCCAGGUGUCGAGAGGAGUUUCACCCUAACGGUUUGUCAACUAAAGCAUUUAAUGUCUUGAUGAAUAUAUAACUCUUUUUUUUAAUACCAGAGGCACUCCUUUCUCUUGCUUUCAUAUUUCCAAAAGCUCAUUUAGGGUGGUGACGAUUAUAUGAGAGCAGCAUCAACAUGAAUGUGUGUCAAGAUGUCUCAUAUGUACACUGUAAAAAGUAGGAAUAGAAAACAGGAGCAGCUUUGUUCAUGAAUCCAGCAUGGGUCUUUGUGUUGGCUUGCACCAAGUGUGUGUGUGGACAACAAUAUAUCAAGAAUCUAAAGUGAAAAUGUAAUUCUGGAGUCUCGUACAGGAUCAAGUCCUGGCAGCGCUUUCUGUCCUCUCACUCGCUCCGUCUCAAACACCAAAACUAACCUUUAACUGAAGAAAAGAAAGCAGCUGACAGAAGCUGCUGCUUAAAAGGAUAACAUUGGUUUAUCGUAACUUGUGUUUGAUUUGUAUAACAUUGUACUUGCUGAGACCUGGAACUCCACUAGAACAAAGUCUAAUGGCACGAGCCAAAAAAACGGCAAACAGCAGAAUAACAUUAUUAUUAAAUUUAACUAGAAUAAGAAUUAGAACUAGUUGAGGAUUGUGGAUUGGCCUUUUAGAUGCACUCAUUUUAUAUUUUAAUGUAAAAUAAAUCAGGCUGUUCUCAUUCACUGUUUGUAGUUUUACCCACGAAAAAGUUGCCGUUGCAAUCAAUUUGUUUGUAACCCACGCAAUCGUGAGCCAGGACCGCGAUGUGGUUUGAAGAGCGAUAGGGAGAUGGUCAAAACAAAGGACUUUCACCCAGGAGACCGCUGUUUCUGUCCCGUGUGAGGAACAUACGUCCUUAAGUAAGUAGUCUUUUUAACCCACAUCACGAUCUUUUCAUAAACCUAAUCAAGUAGUUGUGUUGCCUAAACACUGCCGGGUUUGUCCAGGAUGUUGCAGAAAAUAUGCAGAAAAAACACACGAAAGAUAAAAAUAUUAUACGUAAGAUAUUAGGGUUUAGAUAAUAACUGUUAUCUAGUUAUCGACCUGUGUGAUCAUGUCAGUCGUGUUUCCUGUCAGACUUUGUUGUAGCGAUGUCGACUUGUUUCCAGAUCUCAGCAAAUCACUUUGGUGAUUUAAACAAAAUUAAAACCCACGUUUUUAUAUUGCGAAACUAUCCUUUAAUAUUUUUAAAUAAUAAUAUUCCUACUAGCACUACACUGCCAUCAGUUUUUUCUUCCUGUUUCUGUAUUGAAAGUAUUCACGAGUAGCGGAACGCAUGUUGUUCCCAGUUUAACGCACUAAAGCCCCGUUGAUUUAUUGAGACGAUCAUUUUAGAAUUAGCCUUAGCAAUGUGGUCAUCAAUUAAUAACCCGACCGAACCUUUUAAAGGGUUUUGAUUUGUUCAGUGUUUUGUAUCAAAAUGUCUAAACAUUCAUCAUGAACUAUCUAAGUGUGGGAGAAAAGAAAAUCUCCCACUUUUAUUUAAAACAACUGCAGUCGUGAGGAAAACUGUAUCGAUUUAGCAUCUACGGUACUUUAUUGUAUUUUGUGAGAAUUACUGAAUGUUGUCACUGAUUGUAAUUAUCUAUGAUUGCUGUCAAAUUCCUCAAUAUCCAAGAUCGGUAGGAGUCUUUACUAACUGUGGUCAAAUUAUUUAAAAAAGUCCUAUUUAAUCACAGUUCUUCAAUUUCUAAUUUUUAUUGGCAUAAAACCGAAAACAAUCCAGUGACAGAUACUUGUAACCUUUUUGUUUAACUCUACAGCUAGCCUCCAUAAACGUGAUUUAAACCCUGCGUCUUGUAUCUCCGACAAAUCACACCUCCGCCGCUGACCUGUCGGGAUCUCGUCUGAAAUAUCUCAGACGUUGGAGCGUUUCGCCUCGCGGCGCGUGAUUUGUCGUCGCCUCCUGCUUCACGAGCUCCUUUAGGAGGCGGCGUCCGGGAAGAGCCGUCGAACGUGCAUGGAUUGAUUGUAAGGAAUUGAUGGAUCUGUGUGGUCUUUAUGAACCACGUGUUAGGCGUCAUCCAUCAUGUGCACCGUGGUAGCGAUGCAGGAGCCAACAACAACGACAUUUCAAAAGCCCCUUUCCCCCUCUUUCUCUAUAUAGUCACUGCCGCAUUGAUUUUUUUUACUGCCCUGGAAUAUGCUGUCUUAUUUUAUUUAUUUUUGUCCUUGUCUGCAAGCUAUUGUAAAUGAGGAGAUGUGUUUAAUUCAUGGUGAUUAUUUUGAAAAUCUACACGACCUUAGAUCGAGCUCAUGCAGGUUUCACUCUGGUGAAAUAUAAACAAACUUAAUUUAUUUGUAUAUUUUUACACACAGGGCCCGGAUCACAGUUAGCUGGAGCACAAAUAGAACACGAUUAUAUAAUAAUAAUAAUAGUAACACUAAUGCAAUAUCUCACCGUCACACUAUGGAAUACAUAUUUUCCGACAGUUAGCUCGCCGUAGCGUCCCUCGGUUCAGUCAGUCCACAGCCGUCUGUGUGCUAACUCGUGUGAACAUAACCGGUGUCUGUUUUCCUCGGAGAUCAUCAUCGUGCUUUAGUCGUAUCAUCGAUGAAUCGGUGACCGUUUGAACCUCAAACAGAGAGCGUUUGUUCCCGAACCGUCCCGACAUAGACGACACAUAGUGUCCUGUAGCUUCUUCGUCCACCGAUCGGAUCUUUGCGUUCGCGGUGCGUUCUGUCGGCUAGCCGCCUUUUUUUUUUUCAUUUGAAGUUCUCUUCUCUCGUGACCAAACCAAACACAACUAUUGCUACUACUAUUCAACGCUGUAACGUCGUAAAUCUUGCUCUUGUGGCUUCUGCAUGAAUUCAAGAAAAAAAAAUGGUAAUAAUAAUAAUAAUAGGACCGAUGUUUCACUGCCCUUGAUAGAACAAAAAAAGAAAAAAAUUGAUCUUUUAUGGACUGUUACAAGUUGUAUAGUGAGUGAUACUGUCUCUAACCCACUGUAUUAUGUGCUUGUUAUGACUAUUGCUCUAUGACAAGCUUAUAGCAUCAAUAUAUGGGAAUAUUUGGUAGAUUUAUAUUGUGUUAUAUUGUGAUAGCAUGUACAUAAAAGAUACCUCCUCUGCAAUAAAUAUUUAUAUGAAAA